AUGUCACAACCAGAGUCAAAAACAUCCUCCGAUGCUACCAAGCGAGGCAAAUCGCAGGAUCGCCCACAACAAGAACACUCUCAGUCCAAGUCACAGAGAUCUUCCGAGUCUGAUCGCGGUGCUGCGCAAGAGGCUGAACACCCCGACGCUCCUCCCCGCCAAGCAUCCCCGUUUCCUCUCGCUUCUUCUUCCACUUCUUACAGUCAGCCCUAUCGUGACGAUCCCGACGAAACCUCUGAUCAUCUCGUCCGGUAUGAACCCCGACCGAUCGACGAGCCCGAGGGCGACGACGAAGAAGAGCAGCGGGGCAUCGCGGCGGAGAGAGCACGGCCGCGGAAAGCAUGGCGCGCAUCGUUGCGAAUCUUCUGGUUGAGGAACAUGGGCAUGUUUCUGGUUCUGUUGGCACAGAUGUUUGGCGCAAGUAUGAAUGUGAUGACACAGAUUCUGGAGAUUCAUAGCUCGAUGCAUCCGUUUCAGGUCCUCUUCGCCCGCAUGUCCAUCACCGCCGUCGCGAGCUACCUUUACAUGUGGUAUGCUCAAGUGCCCGCACCCUUUGGCAUUCGACCCGUUCGCAAACUCCUCCUCCUCCGCGCAACUUUCGGUUUCUUGGGUGUCUACGGUCUCUAUUAUUCUGUCCAAUACCUCCCACUCUCCGAAGCCACGGUGAUCACCUUCCUCGCCCCCAUUCUCACCUGCUACGCCUGUUCAUUCCUCAUCCCCGGCGAGACCUUUACUCGCCGCCAGCAACUCGCCGCCCUCGUCUCGCUCAUCGGCGUCGUCCUCAUCGCACGCCCAUUCUCAUCUCGCUCCAACCAGAGCAAAGGCAAUACUACCACCACCACCCCUGCCCCUACCGAGGACGAAAGCCCCAACGAUACAGACUCAUUCCAUCAUGUCCUCGCCACAGUAGUCGCUUUCGUCGGAGUCCUCGGCGCAUCAGGCGCAUACACCACCAUCCGCGUGAUCGGACGGCGUGCGCACCCGCUCGUCUCAGUAACCUAUUACUCCAGCGUGACGACCAUCAUCUCGCUUGUCGCGAUGGUGGCCGUGCCGAGUAUCCCGUUCCGCCUGCCCUCCACCGCCACAGAAUGGAUUCUGCUGACGGGGCUGGGCGUAUGCGGAUUCUUACUCCAGUUCCUGUUAACCGCCGGACUGAGUUAUGUUCCUCCGGCGAGUGUGCGGGACAAGGGCGCCCAGGCCCGACAGGGCUCCAAGGCGACGAAUAUGGUAUAUACGCAGAUGCUGUUUGCACUGUUUUACGAUAAAGUGAUCUGGGGCAGUACCAUGUCGCCGGUGAGUUGGGCGGGGUCGGCGUUGAUCUUGGCGUGUGCGGUCUACGUGGCUGUUGCACAGGAGGGACGACGCGAAGAGGUAAAGAAGGAGAUUGUGGGGGAGCCGAAUUUGACACCUCCCAAGGAGGAGGAAGAAGAGGAAGAAGAGACCGAUGUUCAGGCAGAGGUAUCUCGAAGAGAGAGAAACCAACAACCUCCCUACACAGAUGACGAGGAAGCCGCACAUGGUGAACCUCCCAACUCACAAAAUGGAUCAGACACCCGAGUCUAG